AUGAGUUUGAUCGGAAACGGACAAUUUAGUUUGCAAAGAUUCGCCAAUUUCGACCGGCUUAUUCACUCUGUCAGCAUACAUUUUGCGGAACGAUACAUGCGAGUCACAUUUGACAAGGACCAUAGUCACUGGAGGGAGUUCGCAGCGGACCAGAAUGGAGACGUCGUCAUCAGACAACUAGGCUCAAAGCCACGCCACCUCCUGGACCUUCCUCGAAGUGUCUUGUCAAAGAUCAUCAACCUAGCGGCACUAUCGCCUGAAGGUCCAAUACUAGACAUGGAUAAUCAUACCAUAGACGGGAUACAGCUGAACAUCCUCCAGCUCAGCAGGGAGUCACGUUCUGACUUCAUGAUUAGGAACAUGUUAACUCACAACGCAAACGUUACCAUGGUCAAAAGGAGUACCACGUGUAGGACCAGUUUCAAGGACUUCCACUUUUUACGAGUACACUGCCUUACACGUCCUUGCUGCUUUUUCGUACCCAGAUGGGAUAGAUCCAUCGCGUCGUUCAACAUCGCUCUCGUUUUCGAAACCGCCGACGCAACAUCAUUAAGCAUGCUGCGUAUCAACAUCGUAGGCCUCAUGGAGGCGUUGAAAGAUGCCGCAAAAGAACAGGUGAGCAUCUCCAUCUCGCUCAAGCGCCCCGGGGCAGAUGCGUGCGAAGCAUUGCAGAGUGGCAAGAUUCCCCUGCCAGAUCUGGAGCGAAGAGUCUUUUUGCUCUUGUCUGAUGUCAUAGCUGGCUGGCCCGUUGCAGAGGACAAGCUACCGGAUAUUUGGAUGGACGGGCACGGGAAACUCAUCAGCGCGACAUACUCUGCUUCUGCUACUGCACCAGCUAGCCGCAUUGAGAACCGGCAUGCGAAGCUCAAAUUGAUCGAGAUGCAGCAGAGAGGAUAUCAAUUUGCUAUGGACCUGGCUAUUAGCGAAAGGGACGUGGAAGGGGGUCGACGCGCUAUGUGGUCAGCGCUGAGACGCGACUAUUGGAAUGAUUGGCAGGAUUGGGCACGGAAGAGGAGGGAGGGAGGAGGAUAG